CGCUGUACCGGUGGCGCAUCACAUUAGAGCGAAAGCGGCCGGUCAGUGAGGCGGAGACGUCACAGACCACAGCGCUACACUACUGCAGCCUCCAGUAUUCACACUGCGCUGUACACGCCGUCAUUACUAGGAAUAACAAGUAAUCAUGUCCGGGAAACCAGUACUUCAUUACUUCUGUGGACGCGGUAGAGCGGAGGCCAUCAGGUUCAUGUUAGCGGUAGCCAAUGUGGAGUUUGAAGAGACAUUUUAUAGAACAAAGGAGGAAUUUGACAAACUGCUUAAAUCUGGAAAACUGAUGUAUCAACAAGUACCAAUGCUGGAAAUCGAUGGGAUCAACCUGGUACAAACGAAAGCGAUCCUGAGUUACAUUGCAGGAAAGUAUGACCUGUAUGGAAGUGACCUGAAAGAAAGGGCUUACAUUGACAUGUAUGUUGAUGGAAGCGCUGACCUCUUAACAUUGGUCUUAUCCUAUUUCUUCUUGGACCAACCUGGCAAAGAAAAACAACUAAAACUCAUGAGAGACAAAGCAGUGGACAGAUACCUUCCUGUGUUCGACAAAGCCCUAAAGGAUAAGGAAUUCUUAGUUGGUAACAAGUUAAGCAUGGCAGACGUCCAUGUGCUGGACACCAUUUUACAAGUGGAAGAAUUUCACUGUGAUAUCCUGCAGAACUUUGCUCAGUUGCAGGCUUUUAAAAAGAGAAUGUGUGAAAUCCCUGCAAUAAAGAAGCAUUUGCAGCCGGGAAGUCGGAGAAAGCCAAUGGCUGAUGCGACCUAUGUAGAGACCGUGACCAAGCUCGUGUUCCACUAAUGUGAAGCCACGCAUGAGACCUCCAUGGCAUAUCGCUAGGACAUACCAUCAAUGUCAGAUGGUCCCACCACCUCUACAACCGGCCCUCUGUUCACUGCUAUGGGAGAUCUGAAGUCUCGUAGUGGUGACAUUGAUGGUAUAUUUCUAGAUUCAUUCCCUUUACAAACUUCUACCGUAUGAACAACUGCAGUUUCAAGCUUUACAUUAAAAUUCUAUUACAACUGUU